GGACAGGAAUAUGCUUCCUCAGCCCCUGGCUUUGAGCGUACGGCUAGGCGAAGAGCGUUGGCACGAAGCAGAAGCUCUCCUUUUUCUGACGAUUAUGAUGCGAAAGAAGUUAGUGAGAAGGAAGAACGACUACGGAGAAUUGAUUUUUUUUUGGAUUGUCAAGCGGAA